ACUGUCACUGGCAUGCUGCGCCAGCAACCUGGGCCCAUUCUCCUAGCCACGGAAAUCGGCAGCACCUUGUGGUGGCAGACGGCUGGCGGCAAGAAUCAGCCGCGCAGCCGGGCCAUGGGCGACUCCGAGAAGACCAUACCCGUCUCCGAGACGCUACAGUCGCUCUCGGGUCAGGGCGGCGCCAGCGCCAGCGCCCACAAGGACAAGCACAUCGAGAACGAUCCCAAGAACACAAAGAUCUUCAGCGUCUCGCCCGACGCCCCCUCCAAGCGCAACCCCGACAAGGCGAGGAACUUGCCU